UCCACCGCCGGGGGGGAGGGAGGGCGGAGGACCAAGGAUCAACCAACCCAACCACCAACGCACCAGCGGCAACAACGUAUCGCGGUUAAAAUCUUCUUCCCGUCAGUGUGUCACAAGCCGGUGCGGAAGGAGGACCUAUACCGCACCUCUGCCUCCUACCUUGACUCACUCGCUCCUCGCUGCUGGUGGGGUCUUGAGCGUGUGGCCAUGGCGGAGACGACGACGAUGGCGCUGGAGGAUGUGUUGGGGGAGGACGGUGGAUAUGGAGGCAGUGACGGCGUGUCCACUCUCGGGAUACCGGACAUAAUUGUGAUUGUGUUAUACUUCGUCUUCGUCCUCGCCGUGGGCCUGUUUUCAUCAUGGCGGAGCGAGCGAGGGAGCACAUCUGGGUACUUCCUCGGGGGGCGAAACAUGCACUGGAUCCCCGUCGGGGCGUCCCUCUUCGCCAGCAACAUCGGCUCGGGGCACUUCAUCGGCCUGGCGGGAUCCGGGGCGGCCUCAGGAAUCGGCGUAGCGGGCUUCGAGCAGUCGGCCAUCUACAUCCUGAUGCUGCUGGGGUGGCUCUUCGUCCCCGUGUACACGAGCUCACAGGUGUACACGAUGCCGGAGUACCUCAAGGAGCGGUUCGGUGGCCAGCGGAUCCGUGUCUACCUCUCCUUCCUGGCGCUGCUCCUCUACAUAUUCACCAAGAUAUCCGCUGACCUCUACGCGGGCGCCCUCUUCAUCCAGCUCGCCCUCAACAAAACGAGCUCCGAGUGGCUCUACCUCAGCAUCCUCUUCCUCCUCGCUGUGGCCGCCAUCUUCACCAUCGCUGGGGGGCUGACGGCGGUGGUGUGGACGGACUUCGUGCAGACCAUUCUCAUGAUCUUCGGCGCCCUCAUCCUCAUGGUGAUGUCCUUCAAGGAGGUGGGUGGGUACACGGCACUGGUGGAGAGGUACCCGUAUGCUGUGGCGUCCGUGCGGGCCGUCGGGAGUAACAACGCGACCUGUGGAGAGCCGCCCGCAGACUACAUGAACCUGCUUCGGACCAUCGAGCCAGGCAAGAGCAAUUUCCCGUGGACUGGCAUGGUGUUCGGCCUCACCAUCAACUCCAUCUGGUACUGGUGCACGGAUCAGGUCAUCGUCCAGCGCACCUUGGCCAGCCGCAACAUGAUCCACGCCAAGGCCGGCUGCAUCCUGGCCUCCUACCUCAAGUUCCUCCCGCUGUGGCUGCUGGUGUUCCCCGGGAUGGCCGCGCGCAUCCUCUACCCCGACCGAGUGGCGUGCGCGUCCCCCGAGGAGUGCCAAAAGAUCUGUGGCAGUCCCGGCGGCUGCUCCAAUAUUGCCUACGCUGAGCUGGUCCUUCAACUGUUGCCCCAAGGACUGUCCGGGCUCAUGUUGGCGGUGAUGAUGGCCGCGCUCAUGUCCUCGCUGACCUCCAUCUUCAACUCCGCCUCCACCAUCUUCACCGUGGAUGUGUGGACGCUGGUGCGAAAGUGGGGGGGGAAGUGCUGCAGGAAGGACGGCACUGGCAAGAUUUCCGAACGCGAGAAGCUAAUCGUGGGUCGUGUGUUCGUAGCUGUGCUGGUUGGGGUCUCCGUCAUCUGGAUCCCGGUCAUUCAGAACACCGGGAACUCGCAGCUCUUUGACUACAUCCAGAGCAUCUCAUCCUUCCUGGCACCGCCCAUCUGCGCCGUGUACCUGCUGGCCAUCUUCUGGGCCCGCACCACCGAGCCCGGGGCGUUCUGGGGCCUGAUGGUGGGUCUGGCUAUAGGGUUGCUGCGGUUCAUCCUUGAGUUCUCCUACACCGUUCCUGCGUGCGGUGCAGGUGAUGACACGCGCGGACAGUUCCUGAUGGUGACGGUGGCCAAAGUGCACUACCUCCACUUCAGCUGCAUUCUCUGGAUCAUCACGGGCGUCGUCACCAUCAGCAUCUCCCUCAUGACCUGCCCCAUCCCUGAACACUCCCUGUACCGCCUCACUUACUGGAGCAGGAAGGACGAUCGCCCAAGGGUGCCAAUCGAGGAUGCUUAUAAAACGCCCUCUGUGACCAAUGGCAGAUCCAUGCAUGUGGCGGAUCCUGAUCAUGACCCGAAUAAACUGACACCCGUGGAGGAGGCCAAGAACGCGGCCGCCUCUCUCUACGAACCCCCCUUCUGGAAAGCGGUCGUCAACUGGAACGCCAUCAUCUGCCUCGUCCUCAGCACCUUCGUCAUUGGUUUCUUUGCCUAGUCUUCCACACACACACAGCCCUCAGAGCCACAUAUAUAUAGUCAUUGUUUAUCUGUAUAUUUAUCUUGCUGUCUAUAUUUAUCUACCUAUUAGUAUGUUUAAGUGUCAGUCUGUUGGUCUAUAUAUCUAAUUAUGUUCCUCUAUGAUUUCCUAUAUAUAUGUUUAUCUGUAUAUUUGUCAAGCAAUAUAUAUGUGUAUCUCCCUGUCUGGUUUAUGUCUGUAUAUCUGUCUAUAUCUUCUUAGUUUAUGGUUCAUCUCCCACUCAUGGUCGUUUUUCUAUAUAUAUUCUUUCCUAUAUAUGUUUAUCUGUACAUCUGUCAAGCAAUAUAUAUAUGUGUGUAUCUCUAUGUCUGUUUAGUGUUGUAUAUCUGUCUAUCUUCUUGGUUUUUAGUUCAUCUUCUACUCUUGGGGUCGUUUUUCUAUAUAUAUGUUUAUCUGUACAUCUGUCAAGCAAUAUAUAUGUGUAACUCUGUGUUUGGUUGGUUGUCUGUAUAUCUGUUUUUCAUCUCCUUCCUCACUCUACUCCCUCCUUCCUUUUCUAUUCUUUCAUCUCCUUUCCUUCAUUCUUUCUCUUCUCUUUCUAUUAUUUCAUCUCCUUUAUCACUUUUCCCUCUUCUCUUUCUAUCAUCUCCUUCCCUACUUCCUGUUCUCUUUCUGUUCUUUAAUUUCCUUCUCUUCUUUACUUCCUCUUCAACUCUUUUGUCUCCUUUCCUCCUUUCUUUCUCUUCUCUUUUUAUUCUUUCAUCUCCUUUCCUUCUUUACUCCCUCUUCUCUUUCUGUUCUUUCAUCUUCUUUCUUUCUUUCUCUUCUCUUUUUAUUCUUUCAUCUCCUUCCCUUCUUUAUUUCCUCUUCUCUUUCUAUUCUUUCAUCUCCUUUUCUUCUUUCCUUCCUCUCUUCUCUUUCUCUUCCUUCAUCUCCUUCCUCUCCCAUCUCACCCAUCAGGAAAAUAAGAAAAAUAAUAUAUCUACACUAGUUAAGUCUUCCAUGUAUGUAUAUAAUGAUUUUUUUAGAUAUUUUAAUAAUAAUAAAUGAAA